AUGUUGGCACAAUUGAAUCUGGGGGAUGGCCAGAAUUUGGGCACGGCCGAUGGUCGCAUUGCCUUGGAUUGCAGUGUCCGCAAGACACGACAAGGUCACUACGUGAUUUCCACCACCGACUUUUUCUUUCCACUGGUCGAUUCGCCCUAUCUGCAAGGACGCAUUGGAGCCGCCAAUGUCUUGAGUGACUUGUAUGCGGAAGGUGUCGAGUCGUGUGAUUUUGUACUCAUGCUAUUGGCGGCGUGUCGGGAUAUGCCCGAAGAUCAACGGACCAUUUGUACCAAGGAAAUGGUACGGGGUUUUCGGGAUGCCUGUACCGAUGCGGACACUUGUAUUACCGGAGGACAGACCGUUUUGAAUCCAUGGCCGAUUAUUGGAGGAGUCGCCACAUCCGUGGUGGCCGAAGGAGAGUUUGUACCAUCGGAUGGAGCGCAAGUGGGAAAUGUGGUCGUUUUGACCAAACCCUUGGGCACACAAAUUGCCGUCAAUGUCCAUCAGUGGCGUCGUCAUCAUCAAAAUCAAAACAACAACAACAACAACAACAAAUUCUGGAAAAAGUGCACUGACGAAAAUAUUGUGACGGACGAUCAAGCAGAAGAAAUGAUGCAUCAGGCGGUCUGUAGCAUGGCGCGUUUGAAUAAGAAUGCUGGAAGCAUCAUGGUCAAGCACAAGGCGUGUGCGGCCACGGAUGUGACUGGGUUUGGGAUCUUGGGUCAUGCCCAAAACCUGGUCGAAAAUCAAAAGGAAAAGGUCGGAAUUGAAUUGCACACUCUGCCACUCAUUGCCGGCACCAAGCAAGUCAAUGACAAGGUCCUCAACUUUCAAUUGACCACGGGGUAUAGUGCGGAAACCUCGGGUGGUCUCAUGAUUUGCAUGCCCAAGGAAACAGCACAAGCCUACAUGGAAGAAUUGAAAGACCUGGAUGGUACUGAUUCGUGGAUUAUUGGAACUGUCAUUGCCGACGAGAAGCAACAAGCUAGGAUUUUAGAGGAUGUCAAAUACUUGGAGGUUUAG